AUGUUGAGGAGCUUCGAAGAAACGGAAAAGCUCAACACCAAACCGAAAGUUGAUCAGGUAAUGAAAGCUGAGUUUCCUUCGCAAACAAUGACAUGUUAUGGCUGCGGGAAAAGAGGGCAUUUAGUCAGAGAGUGCCCUGCUAAGAGCGAGAAGAAGUGGUGUAACUAUCACAAAAGUACAACACACUCGGAUAGCACCUGCAGAAGUCAGCAAAAGAGCAAAGACCAAACCAAACAGGUGUCGGAGAAAGAAAACACCUCUAAAGAUGAACAUUCAUUUGCAUUCAAAGUUAACGACGAAGCAACAGGGAAAAUCAAUCGAAUGGGAAUGUUGGUUGACACAGGUGCCACUUCUCACAUUGUUACUACUGAUAUUUUAAAGCAAAUAGACAUGACAUUUAAACCAUCAAAACAUUACAUUGAACUGGCUGAUGGCACACGAGCCAGUAAUAUUGCAUUGAAACGAGGGGAUGCUGAAGUGUUUCUGAAAGAUACAAAUGGAAAAUGUGUGAAAACGGUGCUGAAAAACGCCUUAUAUAUACCAUCCUAUCCUCAAGAUAUUUUCUCAGUGAAGGCAGCCACAUCAAAUGGAGCCGAGCUUCGAUUUGCCCAAGAUACUGGUGAGCUAACCCUUGAAGAUGGUACCAUUGUUGAAAUUGAAGAACAUGGACGAUUGUACUAUUUGACUUCCAUAGACAGUCAUGAGAACGAUAGCGUAAGUGAAGUAGAUAAAGUAAAUCUCUCGUAUGAUAUUAACACAUGGCAUGAAAUCCUAGGGCACUGCAAUUUUGAAGAUAUUAUAAAACUACAGGGGGUAGUUAAGGGCAUGAAAUUCUCAGGUAAAAUUGAGUCAUCUAAGUUAGGUUGUAAUACAUGUGUAGAAGGAAAAUUUGUAAACAGCAGGAGUAGGAUUCCUGAUGCAAGAUCUCAAAAAUCAUUGGAGAAAGUGCAUGUGGAUUUGGCAGGUCCAGUUUCUCCUGUAUCAAGAGAGGGGUUUAAGUACUGCAUAGCUUUUACUGAUGAUUUCUCAGGAGCAGUAUUUGUUUACUUUGUGAAAUGUAAAAGUGACACCUUUGUAGCAACAGAGAAAUUUCUAGCAGACAUCACUCCUUAUGGCAAGGUAAGUUGCAUCCGUUCUGACAAUGGCUCAGAAUUUACAGGUAAGGCGUUUCAAACACUACUAAGGGAGCGUGGCAUAAAACAUGAAACUUCUGCUCCCUACUCGCCACACCAGAAUGGCACCGCCGAAAGGCACUGGCGCACAUUGUUCGAAAUGGGCAGAUGUCUUCUUCUUCAAUCAGGGUUACCCAAAACUCUCUGGCCCUAUGCAAUUCAAACCGCAGCUCACAUUAGGAAUAGAUGUUUUAAUAAGAGAACAAAGAUAACACCCUACUUUAGCCUUACUGGGAAAGUACCUGAUCUUUCUAAAAUGUGGAUCUUUGGAUCUGAAUGUUUUGCUUACGAACAGGAGCAUAAGAAAUUAGACUCAAGAUGCAGCAAGGGGGUAUUUGUGGGAUACGACAAAAAUAGCCCUUCUUACCUAGUGUACUACCCAAAAAAUGGGAAAAUCAUGAAACAUCGACUCAUUAGAUUCAUCAAGAAAUGUAGUGUAGAACAGCACACACAAACUGAUGAGUCCAGCAGGGAUUGUGAUGUACAUGAGAAAUCUGACCAUGAUACUAGAUCAGACUUAGAUAGUAUGAGCCUCCCUGUUUUAAGUGCAAUGCCGCCAAAUACAGUGCCUGAUGAGGAGCCUAAGGAUAGUGAGGGAAGGCAUUGCAACCAUACUGAGAAUGACAGUGAGACAAAACGGUAUCCUCAAAGAGAAAGGAACCCUCCCAGAUACUUAGAAGAGGACACCCUCCUCCCUAAGAAUGCCGAUUGUGCCCACAUUAGUGUAGAUUACUGCUACAAAGUUUGUGGAUUACCACAAAAUUACACAGAAGCCAUGGGAUCACCUCAAGCUAGGGAGUGGGAGCAAGCAAUGAAGGAAGAGAUCAGCUCUCUGAAGGAAAAUGAUACUUACGAAUUAUCAACUUUACCAGAAGGUAAAGCUUCAGUAGGGGGAAAAUGGGUGUACACAACCAAACAAGAUCAGAAUGGCAUAGAGUCCUUUAAGGCCAGAUAUGUAGCGAAGGGUUACAGCCAGGUAAAGGGUAUAGAUUGUCAAGAAACUUUCGCCCCAACAGCCAGUAUUACUUCAAUUAGGGUCUUAAUGCAGUUAGCAGUAAAACAUGAUCUUGUUGUCCACCAGAUGGACGUUAAAACUGCAUAUCUGCAUGCCCCCAUUACUCAAGAGUUAUACAUAGACCAGCCACAAGGGUUUGAAGAGGUUUCAGAGAGUGGUGAGAGGUUAGUAUAUAGGCUAAAGAAAUCGCUAUAUGGUCUAAAACAAUCAGGUAGAAAUUGGAACAUAUUGUUACACGAGCAUUUAGCAAAUGACGGUUUUGUCAGAAACCAUGCUGAUCACUGUGUAUAUAAGAAACAAGUUGAUGAUAAAAUUGUUAUCGUCAUUGUUUGGUUUGAUGACCUAAUCAUAGCUUCAGAUAGUAUGCAGUUAAUGGAAGAAUUUAAAGAAAGUAUGAAGACACAAUUUAAGAUGAAAGAUCUAGGUAGAAUCACUUUCUUCCUUGGAAUGGAUUUUAAGCAAAGCAAGGGUGAAAUAAAAAUUAAUCAGAAAAGAUUCAUUCUUAAAAUACUAGAGAGAUUUGGAAUGAUAGACUGCAAGCCCAGGUUAACCCCAUGUGAGCAACGAUUAGAAUUUAACUGUGGUGAAUUGACCAACGCCAGACAGUAUAGAGAAAUGAUAGGAAGCCUAAUUUAUGCCAUGACCUGUACAAGGCCUGAUUUAAGUUGGAUUGUAAGCAGACUGUCUCAAACUCUGUCAAACCCCAGAACGGGAGAUUUAAUUGCUGCCAAACAUGUCCUAAGGUAUCUAAAGGGUAUCGUGGAUUAUGAACUCUGCUUUAAGAAAUCUGAUGCUGACUUGCAGCUCACUGCUUAUAGUGAUUCAGAUUGGGCCUCUUGCCUGGAAGACAGGCGAAGUACUACAGGUUACUGUUGUACUCUAACUGAAGGAGGACCACUGAUUUCAUGGAAGUCGAGAAAGCAACCAACGGUUGCCAUUUCCACUUGCGAAGCUGAAUAUGUAGCUUUAGCAAAUACAGCCCAAGAGUGUUUGUAUCUAACUCAAUUGUUAAACGGUAUGUAUAAGAAAGUACAUCAGAGUAUGAAGGUAAGUGUUGAUAACCAAGGGGCAAUUGCACUAAGUAAGAACCCAGUUAACAGACAACGUUCUAAGCAUAUUGACAUAAAGUACCACUUUUUACGUGAAAUGUAUGUUAAAGGCAUGAUCGAUAUUGUAUAUUGUCCUACCCAAGAUAUGGUAGCUGAUAUCCUAACAAAGCCACCCACAAAAUGUAAACUAGAUAAUUUUAAAAGUAUCGUGUUCGGUUGUGGUAAUUAGUUUAUAUUCUGAUAACAAGUGAGGGUGUUGAGUUCAAUAUAAAACUGUACGUUAUCCAAAUAUUAGUAUGACGUAAUACUGAGAGACAAAUGCAUGAUGG